AUGGGAAAGUUGUUGUCGAAAAUUUUCGGUAAACGAGAAAUGCGAAUUUUAAUGCUCGGAUUAGAUGCAGCUGGUAAAACAACGAUUUUAUAUAAACUUAAACUUGGUCAAUCUGUUACGACAAUACCAACAGUCGGUUUCAAUGUUGAGACAGUUACAUAUAAAAAUAUCAAAUUUAAUGUUUGGGAUGUUGGUGGCCAAGAUAAAAUUCGACCAUUAUGGCGGCAUUACUAUACGGGCACUCAAGCAUUGAUAUUUGUUAUUGAUGCUGCUGAUCGCGAUCGUGUUGAUGAAGCACGACAAGAACUACAUAGGAUCAUCAAUGAUCGUGAAAUGCGCGAUGCCAUUAUCCUUGUAUUCGCGAAUAAACAAGACUUAACUGAAGCUAUGAAGCCCCACGAAAUUCAAGAUAAAUUGGGUUUAACGCGAAUUAGAGAUCGUAAUUGGUACGUUCAGCCGUCUUGUGCCACAACGGGUGAUGGCUUAUAUGAAGGACUCACCUGGUUAUCUUCAAAUUGCAAAACCUAA